CCCAUUUUAACUCUUCCACAGGAACAGAGACUGACUUCUUCGCUGGUUACCGUGCUUGUGAAUGCUUGGUGGGAUUUUAUCGCUUACACAUGUUUGAGAAAUGCUACAAAUGUGGACAAGGUGGAUUGGAAUGCAAAGAUGACUAUGCCACGUUGAAAUCUGGUUAUUGGUGGGAAUGGCGAAAUGAGGCACAUAAACAUCGCUACAGGAAUUUUAUUAAAAAUAUGUUAGCGUCUUCACCAGCUCUGGAUUCUUUUAGCGUGCAAUUCCCGUAUGCUAUACCAACACCUUAUAAGUGUCCAUUCGAAGACGCCUGCAAAGGUGGUUUAGAUUCCCCUUGUAAAAACGGGUACGAAGGACCUCUUUGCGGAGUAUGCAGCUCCGGAUACUACAAACAAUUACAAAACUGUGCACAGUGUCCAUCCAAGAAGUGGAUGGCUGGACAGUUGUCUUUGGUUGCAGUCAUUUUAUUGAUAGUCCUGGUAGUUUUGGUGUGGAUGAGCAAACGAAAAGUUAAGAAGGUGCAGGGACUUAAUCAAAUCGACCUAUUUCUUUCCAAACUUAAGAUCGUUAUCGGCUUUUACCAAGUCACAAACGGUUUACUGGAAACGUUCUCGUACAUAAAAUGGCCUGAUUCCUUGGAGGUCAUUGCCAAGUACUCAGGAAUACUGCAGCUAAAUGUGCUUCAGAUAGCACCCUUUCAAUGCCUUUACCGUGGAUUACAAAUAGAUGCAUUUGGGAGCCUGUUUGUCUUGGUAGCAAUAAAUGCUGGAGUCAUUGGCUUUUGUGGCAUUGUUUACCAAGUCCGCAAAGUGAUCAUCUUACGGAGCCGAAGCUUAGACGAGAAUGAAAAGUCAAGACGGCUCUCGGAAACAAAGGAACUUGUCUACAGAAAUUUGUUUUUCUUCUUGUACGUUGCCUACCUGAGCACGUGUUCUAAGACAGCUACUGUCCUACCAUUUGCCUGCCGAAAAAUUUGCCGAGACGACAACGAAGAACAGUGUUUCAAGUAUCUGAAGGGAGACUACAGCAUACAGUGUCAAGGGCCAAAGUACCACCAGUCUCUUAUCCUGGCGUACAUCUCUAGUGCCUAUAUCGUGGCCCUGCCUACCGCCUCAUUUAUUAUCCUUUGGAGAAACCAUAGGCUGCACUUAGUGGACAGCGUUACCCAGACACCUCGAGAACAUGACCGUCAUGUGGCAUUAAUUACAGGAUUGCGUUUUCUUUUCGAAAACUAUAAACGUCGUUCGUGGUAUUGGGAACUAGUUGAAAUGUCUCGUAAAGUAAUCCUUACUUCUGUCCUGAUUCUGGUGGGAGAAGAGAGCAGAUCCUACAUUGGCUUAACACUAGUCAUCGCUGGAAUGUAUGGAAUGCUGUUCUCUUGGAUCCGUCCCAUGCAAGACGCAUUCGAAAACAGGAUGAUGUUUACGUCUCUUGCCGUUACCCUUUUAAACCUCGCUAUUGGCAGCGUCAGUAGAAUUCCUUCAGAGAAUGUACCUGGUUUGGUCGACUCAUACAUCGACGCAGUCGUCUUUAAGAUCUUGGUAUUUGGAGCAAACACUCUGGUGAUAGGCUUACUUGUUGUUCAGUACGGAAUGUUUUUGUAUGGUUAUCUCAAGGAAUGGCGUAAAAAUCCCCAUUGGUCUCUUUCUUGUUGUCUUGCAUUGCUUCUUCCUCUCAACGAUUUGCAAGGAGAAAUAAGUGGUUUGGUUGGGUCUGGUGCAAACGUGCUCGAUAACCAGCUGCAAACGGGGCAAACAGAAGAUACCACUAUUUUCGCCGCCGUUAAAGACAGCGGAGCUAUUGAUGUGAGCCUUGAGGAAGGUCGGCAAGAUGACGAGAGCAAAAUGGAGGAUCAGCACGAAAAGUGUUCAGAAGCCGAGCCCGGCAAAACAAAAUUUCAUAAAGGGUCACAGACGGACCUAUUUGUGCUUUCAACAACUCAGAACCUAGGAUCGUUACACCUGUCCAGCUUAGGAGAGGAAGAGGAACAUGAAAAGAAGAUGUGACUGUUCUUGAUCACAGAAGCUCGUAUAGCCGACAGAAUUAGGAAACGAGACUUAACAAAGGCUGUAUAAGAGAAGUUUGGUUGGUUAGAUUGAGAAUUAAAUUGCUGUUCAUGUUUGCAGCAGUUGAUCACAUUAACUUUAAUUACCUGUCAGAAAAAAAAAACCAUGUAACAUGCUCGAUGUGUUAAGUCCUUGAUUAAAAUUAAUGAGCGUAAAAGAAAAAUUAGCCAAAAGAUAUAUUCGUCGUGUCCCGUCUAUGAACGGGAAAAGAUACUAAUAAAAAGCAUAUUUAGUGGUUUAUUAGCAUGUCAACAGCAUUGAUCAAUAUAAGUUUGUGUACGGUUUUGAUAAAAGCAAAGUUGAAUGGUUAGGAGUCUAAAAUCUUUAGAUAUCUAUCGAAUGUACCUAGAAAUUGAUUAUCCUGCUAACUUCGAAGGAAGGCAAAGGCAGACACAUUGACUUGAGUUUUACUAGUUGAGUAUUUAUCAGUUGUGCUUACCGACUAAGAUACCGGUAGAUGUAGACAUUUCACUGUCGACAUUUAUUUAUUAAUUUAAAGCAAAGGUCACCAAGCUUCAUUGAUUUAAACUGAAGCAAUUGUCCAGUAUAGUAGGAUACUCUUUGCUUGCAUUACUCAGCUAUUUAAAAAAAAAAAAUUAGACAGUUGUUUAGAUCUUCUGUAUACUUAAGAAGAAAGCAAAUGCCAUGAAGUAAUCCAGCUACAUGUAUUUAUUAUAUUGUAAUUGUUUUAAGCCUGUGUCAUGGUUAGCAUUAAACCUGUUUCUUGUGUUUGAUUCUUUGCUUUGUUGAACUUUUGCUUUGCAAAAAUGGUUUUUUAAUGUUGGAACUCAGAGAAUAGUGUGCGAAAGAGUAAAAUCUAAGGAAGGAGUAACCAUUUUGCCUUGUCACCUUCCUAGGCUGAAAACUGAAGGCACAGAUUUCAACCCAUUUAACUUGAAUUUUCACCUUGUUAUUCUUGAUGACCAACAUACUAAUGAGGUUUAUUUUACAGUACAAAUAAUUAUUUUCG